UUGUGAAUGCACCCUUUCUCCUAACAACCUCCUCAACUGUCAAAACAAAAAGCAAAAAGCAAAAAGGUGGGAUCCGCAACACAUGCCUAAAAUUUAACACUUUACACUCACAGACACAAACAGUUCAAGAUCACAUAACAACUCUCUCUCUCUCUCUCUCUCUCUGAGAAAUCACCAAACCCAAAAACCCAAAUGCUUUUGAUAGAAGAAGAAAGAAGAAGAAGAUUUCUCAUCUAAAUGCAAAUCUUUCUUUCCAGAAUAUCCACUCCUUCCUUCAACAACAAGCUAACAUGCCUUCUUUCCAUUCCUCUAAACUCUUCUUCUUCUUCUUCUUCUUCUUCUUUCUCAUCUUCCUCUCGCUGCGCACCUGCAAUGCACGCAGCAUCUUCACCUUCAAGAUGCACCACCGCUUCUCCGACCCCGUCAAGAAAUGGUCCAACUCCACCGGAAUGCUCUCUCCGGCACCGGAAAAGGGCACCGUAGAGUACUACUCCGACCUCGCCGACCGCGAUCGCCUCCUCCUCCUCCGCGGCCGCAAGCUCUCCGAUUCCGACGCAUCCCUCGCUUUCGCCAACGGCAACUCCACCUUCCGCAUUAGCUCCCUCGGAUUUUUGCAUUACACGACGGUGCAAUUAGGGACGCCAGGAGUGAAGUUUAUGGUAGCACUGGACACUGGGAGUGACCUGUUUUGGGUGCCAUGUGAAUGCAGUAAAUGUGCUUCUACUGAGGGCACUGUUUAUACUUCUGAUUUUGAGCUUAAUAUAUACAACCCUAAAGGGUCAUCAACAAGCAAAAAGGUAACUUGCAACAGCAGUCUUUGUGCACACCGUAAUCAAUGCUUUGGAGCAUUCAGUGAUUGCCCUUACAUGGUCUCUUAUGUCUCUGCUGAAACAUCUACUUCUGGGAUAUUGGUAGAGGAUGUUCUCCACUUAACAACAGAAGAUAGUCAUCAGGAACUUGUUGAGGCAUAUAUCACAUUUGGCUGUGGACAGGUUCAAAGUGGUUCAUUUCUGGACGUUGCAGCUCCCAAUGGUUUGCUUGGGCUAGGUAUGGAGAAGUUAUCAGUUCCUAGCAUUUUAUCCAGCAAGGGUUUUACAGCAGAUUCAUUCUCCAUGUGCUUUGGACAUGAUGGGGUUGGAAGGAUCAGUUUUGGAGACAAGGGUAGUUCUGAUCAAGAAGAGACACCUCUUAAUUUGAACCCAUCGCACCCAACUUAUAACAUCACUGUUACUCAAAUUCAAGUUGGCACAACUCUAAUUGAUGUGGAUUUCAGUGCACUUUUUGAUUCUGGGACCUCUUUUACAUACUUGGUUGAGCCAACCUACACCAGACUUGUAGAGAGUUUCCAUGAACAGACUCAAGAUAGGCGGCGACAAUCUGAUCCAAAGAUCCCUUUUGAAUAUUGUUAUGAUAUGAGUCCUAAUGCUAAUGCUAGUCUGAUACCUAGCAUGAGUUUAACUAUGAAAGGUGAAAGCCAGUUCACUGUCUAUGAUCCCAUAAUUGUCAUCUCUACGCCGAGUGAACUUGUUUAUUGCCUGGCUAUUGUCAAGGGCACAGAACUGAAUAUAAUUGGACAAAACUUUAUGACUGGCUACCGUGUUGUAUUUGACCGAGAAAAGCUUGUCUUGGGCUGGAAGAAGUUUGAUUGUUAUGACAUUGAGGAUCAAAAUACUUUCACAGUAAAACCACAUGCUACCACUGUGCCUCCUGCUGUUGCUGUCGGAAUAGGUAAAGUACAAUCAUUACAUGGUAGAAGUAAGUACCGCAAUUGGGGACCUUCGCGUGCAGCUCCAAUGCAGUUCUAGAAGCUUGGACUACGAUUUGCUGGUUUUAGCACCAAGUGGCAUAAAAUAUAGUUCGUAUCGCAUUCACAUGAUAGUAUAAAUUGUAGAAACCUAAAUUUCAAGUCAAAUUGGUCAUGCUUUUCAUGUAUAUAAUAAGUCACCUUACAGACACGUAAAGCGAAUAUAAAACAUAAAGAGUUAUUAGAAAAAAGAAUUUGUGUACACACUAAUUGAACUCUACCUAACAAAGAGAUGAGUCACAGAGACUUUGAGAGUAGUGCUCGAUCGAGUGCUUGUAAAUAUUAGUCAAUCCAGUAGUUUCCAGCGACUUGCGUUGUAAGCAUUCAAACUUUCAAAGUCCAAGUUAAAACUUUAGAGUAUGCGUUUUCAAAGUCCAAGUUAAAACUUUUUAGUAUCCAUUUGCGGAUA